CAACAGCAUUCAUCCACCACCAAUGGCAGAUUUCGAUUCAGUUCAAUGGGAUACAAUGCCCCCUACUCCGACUGAACGGCAUGAUGUUCAGAUUAGCGAACCUGACCAAAAUCCCACUGAACCGAGGGCUGCCGCUGGGGAGGAGGAAGUGCGGGAAGCAUACACUGGGAGGAACGUCCUGGAGUGCAAAGUGGACUCACCGCAGAAGGAACUGGAGGGACAUAAGGACGCAUUCGUGUCCUAUCUCGUCACCACGCAUACGACAUUCUCGGCAUUCCAGAAGCAGGAUCUGAGUGUACGAAGACGCUUUACUGACUUUGUGUUUCUGCACAAUGUCCUCGUACGGGAUUAUCCUGCGUGUGCGAUACCACCACUACCGCAGAAGCAUAAUAUGGAGUACAUUAAGGGGGACCGCUUCGCACAGGCAUUCACCCUUCGUCGUGCUAACUCCUUGAAUACCUUCCUGACCCGCCUCACACUCCAUCCAAUCCUCCGCCGUACUCCUGCGUUGCACACCUUCCUUGAGUCCCAGGAUUGGCACGCAUACACCAAGAAGAACGUAACUGCGCGUGCAACCAACGGCUCUGACAGCGGCAGUGGUGUCUUUGAAGGUUUCGGAGAUGCAUUGUUGAAUGCAUUCACCAAGAUCAACAAGCCGGACAAGAAAUUUAUUGAUGUAAAGGAGAAGGCGGAGAAGUUGGAUGAGGAUUUGGGACACAUUGAGAAGUUAAUUGCUAGGGUUGCUAGGCGGACAGCGGUUACAGACCUCCAAUCCGACUUUUCCGACAUGGCGAAUCAAAUCCAGAAACUUAACGCCCUGGAGCCCGCUUUACAAAAAGAGAUUACUGCAUUCUCUGACGCACUGACACACACCUCCACCGCCAUCCGCGACCUCUACGAAAUCACCGAUGCACACUACCUCACCUCCCUACAAGACAUGUCAGCCUACCUAACCUCCGUCAAAUCCCUCCUCAAACAACGAGACCAAAAACAAAUGGACUACGAAGGCCUCAUGGAAUUCCUCCAAAAGACAACCAUAGAACGCGACCAACUAGCAUCAUCCCACCACACCUCAUUCAUCCGCGGCAAAGUUGAAGACCUACGCGGUGUGGAUCACGAGCAGUCUCGGAAGGAUCGGUUGAAGAAACUUGAGUUCAGGAUUGAGGAGCUAAAGAAUGAGACUGAAACGGCGAGGUUGACGACGGAGGCGUUUGAUGAGGAGGUUAUUAAGGAGGCGGAGAUAUUUGAGGAGAUUAAGGCGAGGGAGAUGAGGAGUACGUUGAGGGAGUAUGCGGUGGCGAACGUGAGGUUUUAUCAGAAGGUAUGCUGAAAUUUGGGUCGUAUCCUUGAGAGUGAGCUGACAUUUGGCAUACAGACAAUUGAGCAAUGGGAAAGACUACAGCCACUGCUUAACAGUCAAAACGGACAAGCUGCAGAGGCUGACUGAACGCAGCGC